AUGUCAAAUGUCGAUUUAUCCAAUGAUGGCUUCAUCGGCCUGGAUUAUGACUCGAGAACCUAUAUUCAGUCUCAGUCAUGGCCAGUGGCGGUGGACCACCAGGCCUCCCAGCGAACUGACACCGGACGAGAUAUCUCACCUUUGCAAACCAGCGGUCACGCCUUUGAACAGUCAGUAGCUCAGGACCCCAAUCUCAUCGUCGACUGGCAGUUUCAGCAUUUGCAACCCCACCUUCAGUACUCUCAUGAAGAAGCCACUGCUCCCCAGUUCACGGCCGCAAGCUACGGUAUGACAAUCCACUCCUCGCCCGUGGAUCUGAUGUCAGGACCGCAUGGCCCGUUGGGCACGAGCCUGAUCGAUGGUCCUUAUUUACCUAUCGCCGCACCCGUGGAGAUGGUCUCAUUUCCCUACCAAGAUCUACCGACGGACCUCAUCGGCUUCCCGCCAAACGGGCUUCCCGACAUGACUUAUGGUGCGCCGCAGAAUAUGAUCGAUAGCAGCUCGCCAACGGACACCUAUUUGGAGGUCCGAUCCCUUACCAGCUCCAGCAGUGACAACGGCUGGAGCACGAUCGAGCCCCGUCGUUCGCAUGAGUUUUCUUUCCCAGAUCAGGUUUUCAUUAACCCGACACAGACUCUGCACGAUCGCAGUCUGUCCGAAUCAUCUUACUCGACAUCUUAUGGUAGCUUUGUUGAUAUUUCCAAUCCAGUCAACUCCCCAGGCUCCGAAAACAAUUUUGAACCCUCUUUCAACACCUCUUUGACCCGACGCGUCUCCUAUGAUCACACAUCGCAUGGGUCACAAUCACCCACAGCAGUCAGCCCUGUUGCGAUUGUCCGACCCAUCCAGGUACCCGCAAAGAAGUCCACUUCGCCCGCGCGGUCUUCCGGCUCCCAAGCAUCGUCCGCCUCGCCUCCCAGUAGGAAACCAUCACGCAGAAGCCCCAUAGCUGCCAAGACCGCUGAAACCAAGGUCCGCAAGCAGUCUCAGAGCGGAAAACCUGAAACAACCGAGAAGAAGGUCGGAAAGCGGAAGGGUCCUCUCAAGCCCGAUCAGCGAAAGCAAGCGAGCGAGAUCCGAAAGCUGAGGGCUUGUCUGCGCUGCAAGUUCUUGAAGAAGACCUGUGACAAGGGCGAACCUUGUGCUGGCUGUCAGCCUUCUCAUGCAAGGCUGUGGCAGGUCCCUUGCACUCGUAUCGACAUCAAGGAGAUCGGGUAUUUCAUGAAAGAUUGGAAGGCAGACUACGAGCGACAUAUCACCCUGGGAUUUUCGGUUGGGAAUAUUAAGGGGUUCUCGGAGCACGAAAGAACACUCUUUAUUACCCAUGGCUAUGGUCAAGUUCUUCCUAUCAACGCUCGCGAGGUGUAUGUAAGAGAUGAGCAGUGCUUCAGCAUUGACUGGGUUGAGUCGAUGAACCGAGAACCAACCCAGUAUGAGGUUGAAACAGCAAAGUUGUCUGCCGGUAUGGAAGGUAUUUCGCAUGCUAUGCUCUCUGAUUAUCUGGACCGCCAUAUUGAUGGCAACGGUACCUUUGAGAAGUUUGUCGAUGAUUACUUCGAAGGCACACCCUUCCUGACGCAAAUGCUCAAGACAGCAUUCCGAUAUUACUUCCGCACAAAGUUGCCAGUCAUCCGCAAAGCUCUGAAGCUCAUCAUUGCCUACAAUCUGACCCUACACGUUACGAUGGUGGAAGGUCUUGGUGAGGAGGAUGGUUUCCUUGGCAAGAUCGAAGACCCAACCUCAAAGUUCACGGGCAAGAUCAUGGCUCCUGUGAUGAUCAAUUUCCAAAUCAAGUGUGCCAUGGCGAACAUGUGGCGUGAACUACAGAAAGAUGUUCUGGAAGAGUUGUCCAGCCUGUACUCCAGUGUCUACAGCGGGGAGAAAUUGAAGAACUGGCCCACAAUCUUUAUCCUAGCGUCUAUUCUUCUUGGCGUGUGGGAAGAAAUGCAGUUUGAUUGUCACUACCGCACACCGGAUGCCGCCGCUGUGGAUAAGUUCUGCAAGGACAUGGAAACUACACCUGUUGGUGUCAUUGUUGGCCUGUUUCAGGCCAUCUCACAAAAGCUACCUCCUUUCACCGAUUGGGAAACGCAAAAGCAUCAUCACCUACUCAACUCGAAUCCUGACGUUUGCAAUGCCAUGACGGAAGUCCGUCAGCACGUCACGCAAUUCGAAAGCUACCUCCGUGGCCGCUCAGCCUCCAAGUUCAAUAGGGAUGACUUUGACUGUUUAUCAAACAAGUUCAUCUCAAGACUUGUGAUUCGAGCGAAUUAA